AUGUCUUCCUGGACUCAUUUGGUCCGCUUCAUUGCCGUCGAGGGCAGCCAAGAACACCUCGGCCAGCUAGUUGAUACUGCUCGCGAUGUUGGCAAAGACAGUUUUGAGGGAAUUCAAAUUGUCGUGUAUCUUAUCGACGGGACUAUGUUUGACGGCAGGGUCACCGAACAAAUUCUACAUGUGAAAACGUUGUUAUCCCCGGUCUCUAAAGACGACUGCAACUUUAUAAAAUAUUUGGGCUUGAAUUAUAUGGACCAUGCCAAGGAAGCCAACUUACCUCUUCCAAAGGCUCCAAUUCUCUUCGCGAAGCCUAGGCACGCCUUGACUGGCCCGUUCCCGGCGGCUAUUAAUAUCCCAAAAUGCGCCCAGGAUGAAACCAGCGACUAUGAAGCGGGACUCUGUGUGGUUAUCGGUAAGUCUGGAAAGAAAAUCAGGCAAGAAGAUGCGCUUGACUUUGUUCUUGACUUUACUGCAUCGAAUGAUGUAUCUGCCCGUACACUUCAGAUGGUGACGCCCCAGUGGCCCUACUCCAAAGGUCUCGAUGGAAGUUGUCCCAUUGGCCCAGUACUGGUCGCGCCAUCGAUAAUCGGAGAUCCGCAAACACUGUCUAUAAAGGCGAUUCACAAUCAAGACAUUGUUCAGGAUGGAAACGCUAGGGAUAUGAUUUUUGACAUUAAGAAACAGAUUUCUUAUCUAUCGCAGGUAACAACUUUAGAAGCUGGCAGUAUUUUAUUGACGGGCACGCCGGCCGGCAUUGGAUAUUUUCGACAGCCAAGACGGGUUCUCCGUGAUGGGGACGAAAUAUCUGUCUACAUUGGCAAUAUUGGCACCCUAGUGAAUAAGGUCUGCUAUGAGUCUUGGUAG